CGGUCUGCCCGGUCCCCCCGGGCCUCCGAUGCCUGUACCAACAACGGUAUCAGAAAAUGCUAUUACAACGGAUAAUAUAAGAAAUGCGGUUCGAGACCCACAACACCUGAAGGCACUGAAAGGGGACCGAGGGGAGAAGGGGGAUAAGGGUGAAAAGGGUACGAGAGGCAUGGAAGGACCACAGGGUUUCCCGGGUAAUGACGGGAAACCGGGCGAGCGAGGGGACAUCGGGCCAUCUGGACUGCCUGGAACCCAGGGCCUGACGGGUCCAGCUGGCAUUAAAGGAGACAAGGGAGAAGCGGGUCCCCCAGGACCACUGGCAAUAUCAAGGGACGAAGCGCUUGUAUUGACGAAGGGAGAUAAAGGCGAAUCUGGGCCACGGGGUAAAAGGGGCCACCCUGGACCACCUGGGCCCAGAGGUCCUCCAGGUCUUCCUGGCCCGCCAGGAACACCUGGCACUAAUGGACCUUCAGGAGACAUAGGCCUGCCCGGAUGGACGGGUCCACCUGGGGCUGCCGGCCAACCGGGACCCCCAGGGCCUAAAGGCGAAAAAGGAGAUUCUGGAUUAAAUCCAUUAGAUUUAGAAAAGAUAAAAGGUGAGAAAGGCGACCGGGGUUACGACGGGGCCCCGGGCGCGCCGGGGAAAGAAGGGGCGAGGGGGCCCCCUGGGCCGGCUGGUAACCCGGCGUCGAAUGUGAAAUACGUUCCGGUGCCUGGGCCUCCGGGGCCCCCGGGGCCCCCGGGCCCUGCAGGCGGCCCUUAUGAGGCCCCGGCCGAUACAUUGACCGAUAGUCCAGGGAUUAAUCGGCGGGAGCCGGGCACAGGAAAACAACGCAACCCGCUCAACAUUCUGCGAAAUCUAAACCACUUAGUGCAAUUCCGCCCAGAGUCAUACGGUUUCUUAGAUCCAAUGGGAGAUAACUCGGAAUUCGAUGAUGACGAAGAUGGCAGAGCUAUAGUUGGGACUAUCAUAUUCAAAACUACCGACUCCUUACUCAGGCUGGGAGCGAACACACCUUUGGGAACAUUAGCGUACGUGAUACAAGAGCAAGCUUUGCUGGUUCGCGUCAACACUGGAUGGCAGUACGUGGCGAUGGGAUCACUUCUAGCUAUCCACACGCCACCCAACAGCCCAACAAGAGUGCCAAUACAGAACAUUCUAGAAACGUCUAGUCUUGUUCAUCACAAAAAUCAGCUGGUGGAAGGACCGGUGUUGCGACUGGCAGCACUGAACGAGCCUCACACGGGCGACAUGCACGGAGUGAGCAGCACCAACUACGAGUGCAGGAGGCAAGCCCAGAGGGCUAACUUGGAGGGAAACUUUCGCGCGUUCGUGUCCUCGAGGGUCCAAACAAUGGACACCAUAGUGUCAUGGGCCAACCGUGCGACCCCUGUGGUCAACAUUCGAGGGGACGUCCUCUUCAACUCAUGGGCAGAAAUGUUCGACGGAUCGGGCGCGCUGUUUGCGCACGCGCCGAGGAUCUUCAGCUUUAGCGGCCAAAAUGUGCUCAUGGAUCCUGCGUGGCCUACCAAAGCGGUCUGGCACGGUGCGAACCCCAACGGAGAGCCGGCGAUGGACGCGUACUGCGACGCGUGGCACAGCAGCAACGCGGAGAAGUUCGGCCUGGCCUCCUCGCUGCACUCCAACAAACUGUUGGACCAAGAGACGUACUCAUGCAGCAGUAGACUGAUAGUUCUGUGCGUGGAGACCGCACCUGUAAAUACUGUAAGAAGAAAAAAACGAUCCAAGUAUCGGCCAGACAAACUAAAUCCUUCACUGGAUAUCGAAGAACAACUGAACGACACUAGUAUUAACUUAUAGAGGUUUUAGAUAUUUUUAUUAAUAAGAAAAACGUGAAGACUGUAAAUAAAUUAUAAUUAUACCUGUUUCGUAAAGCAAUGAUUCCGGUGGAACAUAUCGACAAUAUAUUUCUAAAACAACUUAUUAAACUGCCCUUGCUUCGUAAGAGGUUUUCCUUAAUACUGCGUAAGAUUUUUUUUUUAAUAUUAUAAUAAUUAAAAAAUAAGUAAUUCAAUUAAAGAACUAAAUCCUUUUUGAGUUGAAACGAGAUCAUUUUACUGGACUUUAAAUGUGACAAGCUCUAAACAUAAGGUAAAGGCAUUUAGUUAGGGAUCCUGUGGAUCCCAUGAACAAUCUAAUUUUCAUCACCACUUAGAUGUUACGUAUCCCCUAAGCCUAGAGGAUCGAUAGUUUGAUUUCCAUAGCAACGAGUCAAUUCUAGGUAACAUCUAAUCACAAUAUUAUUCAUUGGUCCUACUUAUACCUACUUAUUCGUGGAAUUUACGUAAGUAUCAAAUUUACGGAACCAAUUAGUUUAGCUCUAGGGAAUACCUACUUAGGGGCUUGUCGGUAAAAUGGGCAUUAGUAUACCCAAUUUUUUUCUAUUUAUAAUUUGUU